AUCUGGGCCACUUGAUAAUGGUUUAAAAAAAAAUGAAAAGUUUUUUCAAUAAAUGUUUUAUUAUUUAGAUUUUAUUUAUCAAGAAGCAUUUUUAACUACUUAUCGUACGUUUGUCACACCACAAAAACUAGUUGAAAAACUCAUACAACGAUAUACAUUUUUCUUUAAAUAUGAAUCAAAGAAAAAAAUUGCACGUUAUGCAUUUUCAUUGUUGAUUCGAGUUAUUGAUGAAAUAGAGUAAGUAGUCAUGAUCUUAGUUUUCGCUGUUCUCUUUACUUAUGCAAUACAAAGCAGAAUGUUUAGACUUCGAAAUUGUUUUGUAAUCAAACCCUCGAGAGUCUUAUUCCUAUUGCACUCUUCACUCGUGACAAUUUAUGAUUACAUGUAUUGUUCAAUGAUAUACUGAUAGUCGAGUACCAUUAGGAUAUUCAUUUUAUUUUAGUAAUGAACUAUCAGAUAAUAUGAUGACAUCAUUAUCGUUAUUUGUCACAAAUUUAAUACGAAGUAGUGAAUUACAAUUAGGAAAAUUAUUACGACGAAAAUCUUUGGAACGUUUUUCAAAACGACCACAACAAAUUAAAGCCAAUAUUAUUUUAAUACAAAAUCAAAUAUCACCAAAACGUUCGACACUAUUAGAUUUUAAUUCAAAUGAUGUUGCUGAACAAAUGACAUUAUUAGAUUCAGAAUUAUUUUUAAAAAUAUCAUUACCAGAAAUAUUGUACAUGUCAAUUGAAAAAGGAGAAGAUUAUUGUCCGAAUCUGUCCUAUUUUACAGAACAUUUUAAUAAAAUGUCUUAUUGGGUACGAUCACGAAUAUUAGAACAAAAUUCUCAACAACAUCGUGAAAAUUACUUUGAAAAGUUUCUCAAAAUUUUAAAACAUUUACGACGUCUCAAUAAUUUCAAUUCGUAUUUGGCAAUAUUAUCUGCACUCGAUUGUGGACCAUUGAAACGUUUACAUUGGUCAAAAAGUAUCACCGAAUCAACAACGGAACAUACAGUUUUGAUUGAUAGUACAGGAUCAUUUAAAAAUUAUCGUGAAGCAUUAUCAAAUUCUGUUGGUAGUCCAUGUAUACCGUACAUUGGUCUCAUAUUAUCUGAUUUAACAUUUGUUCAUAUUGGAAAUGCUGAUUAUUUACCUGAUGGUAAAACAGUUAAUUUUUGGAAACGAUGGCAACAAUUUAAUAUUCUUCAUAAACUUCGUUAUUGUCGAAAAUGGGAACAUAAAUUUGAACGAAACGAUCGUAUACUAUUCUUUUUUAAUAAUUUUGAUGACUAUAUGAGUGAAGAUUCACAAUGGCUUCAAAGUGAAAAACUUAAACCACGAUCAAAAGCAAAUCCUUAUGGAUAA